AUGGCUGCAGUUGCCAGAUUGGACCGAUUGAUCUUUGUGCUAACAGCUAACUGUAAAGCGGAUGACAGUAUUUCUGCAGCGAGCACGUCAGAUGUGCAGGACCGCCUGUCAUCUCUGGAGCUGCGGGUGCAGCAGCAGGAAGAUGAGCUGACGGUGAUGAAGGCCGCGCUGGCAGAUGUGCUCAGACGUCUGGCUCAGUCGGAGGACGCCGCCGCUGCUGCCAAAAAACAGCAAAGCAGCAAAGGUCAGACCCCGCUGCGUGAGGCCUAUUCAAUGUCCUGUAUUGCCAAUGGCAGUUCCAGUGUCCGCAAAUCUCACAGAGAUAGUUCCACAGUGUCCAUAGCAAAGAAAGGGACACUCUCCUCUGCCGCUAAGAGUGGUGGCGAGCGUAAAAAAGACAAGCCUCCGAUGGAGGGGAUCAAGGAGAAAGAAGAGCCUCCACAAGCUAACGAUAAAACCCCCUCAGCACCCAGCACCCCUCAGGCACCGUCCCCUUCCAGCAACCCCCCCUCCCCUCAUCCCCCACAGCCCCAAAGACAGCUCUCGGAGAACAAGGGGUCAACCCUGGCCAAAAGCAGGGGUAGCAGUGCGAAGCGUGGAGGAAUGGAGCGUUCUCAGAGUAGCACGUGGGACAGCGGAGAGGAGAACAGGAAUAAGCUGGUGAAAGCAGCCUCCACCUCCAAACUGCUGUCCAAAGUGGUGAAGAAUGCAGAGAAAAACAGAGAUCCAGUCAUCAGCCAAGCUAAAAUGUCAACCCGUGAAAAAAACAGUCAAGAGGGAGAAUAUAUUAAAAUGUUCAUGCGAGGACGACCCAUCACAAUGUUUAUCCCAUCGGACGUGGAGAAUUACGACGAUGUCCGCACCGAACUUCCCCCAGAGAGACUCAAACUGGAGUGGGUAUAUGGCUACAGGGGACGUGACUGCCGUGCAAAUGUGUACUUGCUACCUACCGGGGAGAUUGUGUAUUUCAUCGCCUCGGUGGUUGUGCUCUUCAACUAUGAGGAGAGGACACAGCGGCACUAUUUAGGCCACACUGACUGUGUCAAAUGUCUUGCUGUUCAUCCAGAUAAGAUCCGUAUCGCCACAGGACAGAUAGCAGGCGUGGAUAAAGAUGGCAGGCCGCUUCAGCCUCACGUGAGAGUGUGGGACUCCGUCAGUCUGUCCACGCUGCAGAUCAUCGGCCUCGGCACCUUUGAGAGAGGAGUUGGAUCCCUCGCUUUCUCUAAAGCCGACUCAGGCAUUCAUCUCAGUGUGAUUGAUGACUCUAAUGAGCACAUGCUCACUGUGUGGGACUGGCAGAAGAAAUCAAAAAUCGCUGAGAUUAAGACAACCAAUGAAGUGGUCUUAGCAGUGGAGUUUCACCCGACUGACGCCAACACCAUUGUUACUUGUGGGAAAUCCCAUAUCUUCUUCUGGACCUGGAGCGGUUCCUCACUCGCCCGCAAACAAGGCAUCUUUGGCAAAUACGAGAAGCCCAAAUUUGUUCAGUGUUUGGCCUUCCUCAAUAAUGGAGACAUCCUGACCGGAGACUCAGGAGGAAUCAUGCUGAUAUGGACCCGCAGCACCGCUGAACCAGCACCAGGGAAAGGGCCGAAAGGAGCGUUUCAGAUCACGCGUCAGAUCAAGGCUCACGACGGCAGCGUCUUCACACUGUGUCAGAUGAGGAACGGCACUCUGCUCACAGGGGGCGGCAAAGACCACAAGAUCAUUCUGUGGGACCACGACCUGAAUCCAGAGAGAGACAUCGAGGUCCCAGAUCAGUAUGGCACUAUUCGUGCAGUAGCCGAGGGCAAGGGGGAGCAGUUUUUGGUGGGCACAUCACGCAACUUCAUUCUGAGAGGCACUUUCAACGAUGGAUUCCAGGUGGAAGUGCAGGGACACACGGAUGAGCUGUGGGGUCUGGCCGCCCACCCGUUCAAGGACCUGUUUCUCUCCUGUGCUCAGGACAGACAGGUGUGUCUGUGGAACUCAGUGUACCACACACUGGAAUGGACCAGACUGCUGGACGAGCACGGGCACUGCGCAGAUUUCCAUCCUAGCGGUUCGGUUGUUGCCAUUGGUACUCACUCAGGGAAGUGGUAUGCUCUGGACGCAGAGACGCGAGACCUGGUGGCCAUUCACACAGACGGCAAUGAGCAGCUGUCAUUAAUGCGCUACUCUCUCGAUGGCACGCUGCUGGCAGUGGGAUCACAUGAUAACUUCAUUUAUCUCUACACGGUGUCGGAUAAGGGACGCAAGUACAGCAGAUAUGGAAAAUGCACUGGACAUUCCAGCUACAUUACACAUCUUGACUGGUCCCCCGACAACAAGUUCAUCAUGUCCAACUCAGGAGACUACGAAAUCCUUUACUGGGACAUUCCAAACGGUUGUAAGUUGAUUCGUAACCGUUCUGAGUGCAAGGACAUCGACUGGGCCACAUAUACCUGCGUGCUAGGAUUCCACGUCUUUGGUGUUUGGCCGGAAGGUUCAGAUGGGACAGAUAUCAAUGCCCUUGUGCGAUCUCACAACAGGAAGGUGAUCGCUCUGGCUGAUGACUUCUGUAAAGUGCACCUUUUCCAGUACCCCUGCUCAAGACCGAAGGCCCCAAGCCACAAGUACAGUGCCCACAGCAGUCACGUGACAAACGUGAGCUUCAUGCACAGUGACAGUCACCUGAUUUCAACGGGCGGCAAGGACAUGAGCAUCAUGCAGUGGCGUCUGGUGGAGAAGACCUCAUCCUUGGUGCACAGCGACUCCAGCCUGGGCCUGGGCGAUUCCCUGCUGCACAACUCCACUCCUCGCACCCUGGCAUCGGUACCCAGCGUUCCCCACACUCCUACUGAGCCCAUGCCGGUGCCAGCCUCGCUACCCAUCAGCAGCCAACCCAACACCAACACUCCCCCUCUCACUCCCCCCGAACCCCUGCACACAGUUACUCCUAAUGGACAGCAGGACGGCUCCCCCGAAACCCCGCCCCCUUCGGAUGAGGCCACACCCACAUCCGAUAGCACCCUGAGCCCCAAGGACAGCCUAGAGCCUAGCGACGAUACAGCCACACCCAGUGAUGAGGGCACGACCUUUAACCCGCCCUUAUAAGGCAGUCCGACCCCUUCUCUCGCCUGCUCGAUAACCCGCCCAAAGGCACCAGCAUGUCACUGCAGCCUCCCUGUCGGAUUACAAAAGCAGGGUCUCCUCAGUUUUUUUAUCCUUUCAAGAUUUUCUUUUCAUUUCGUGUCUUAGUUUUGUUGUUAUGUUGACAUUCAGUAGAUGUGGUUGUGGAGGCAUUGUUUUGGGUUGGAUGGUUGGAGGUUUGGAAUGUGUAGUUAAAAACCUUUGGAAAGAUUUAGCACACCUACAAGUUUACACUGACACACACACACACACACGCAUACACUACCACACAAACACUAAUACACAUGCAUAGACACAUCAAUAACUGUGAUACAUUAAAAAAGAGAAGAAAGCAAAUGAUUUACCAGUUUUAGAUUCAUGUAAACAGAUAAACGGACAAAUACAACAUAAAAUGGAAACGUGCUUUCAAUUCAUUGGCAUUUGGCAUAUACAUCAAUACACUUACUGCUUAAGGAUCAGUAACUAAGGAUGAAUUAAGUUGAAUUACCAGACCUUUUCCUCACUUUCCUCACCCAAAAAAAUGAACUUUCUGUAUUUAUUUACUCAUCCUC